UUGUAGAUGUGAAUCGUGAUUGACUGAUAAGUCACUGGCGGGCGACCCGUCGUGCGUUUUCCCGCCCGCCCCGCCAAAUAUGGUAACCCGAUAAUUUAGCGCGAUACGAAUCACCAACCCGAAGAGAAUCCGGCCCCGUUUAACUGUUACCGAUUUGCAGUGUUUAUUAUCCCGCGCGUCCCGCGAGAUUUUCACCUACUAGUUAACUACCAUAGGAAGAGAGAGAGAGAGGAGAACUGAAUCUCAAAAUCUCGUUGGCGGCCCCCACCGGCGUUUCACUUUCUCUCUCUAUCUCUCUCGACAGCAAGCAAUCGCCGUCUGGCUUUUGGCCCGCGAGUCCUCUCCACUCUCUCUCCUCUUCCUUUCCUUCUAUCGUUAUAUUCGCUCGCUCGUUCGCUGGUUGUUUCUCCUUCCCUCAUCCCGAUUAACAGUGACCACAAGGUCGCCGGAGGGGGAGCGACGGCGGAAGGAUAAGUUUUAGGGGCCGAUUCUAUCCCAGCCGUCGGAAUCGUAGUUUGGCGGAGAGCUGAUUUUCCCCGGAGUCAGCUGAAUACGCCGUUCGCUGUUUUCUUUUGGGUAUCCUUCAGCUGAAGAAAUUCCAUCAAGUUCCCCUGCGAAAGCAGGUGAGAUUCCAGUAUUCUAUUCGGGAAUUCUUAAUUCGUAUAAUGGAGUUUCUUAGCUUGUGAAUCUGCGCCAUCUCCUUGUUGUUGGACUUCCAUGGUGAUCUCGAUUGUGCUUUUUCCUCGUGAAGUUCGAUUUUGAUUGAGCGUGAAUCGGAGGGGGGAGAUUUGAUGAUUUUGUUUUUGAAUUAUUGAAUUCGUCGAAGUUUGGUGUGGACUGUGGAGAAGUUGGCUAGCUUGGCCUUGUAAAUCGGAUUGCAAAUAGGGUGCGCUAGUCUCCAUUGGGAGGGUCCAAAUUUCCUUUCUUUUUUUGGUUCAUGAAUUUCGGCUACUUCUGACUUCAGGAAGAUCUGUGUGCAAUUAAACUACUUCCUACCUGCUGCUUACCUCUCCUAGCCUCUGGAGAUUUGAUACGAGUUGUUGUGCAGAGGCAGCUCCAUCUCGUCUUCCCUUCACUAUGUUCGAUCAGGCAUUCAUUUAACAUGGCAUUGCAAAUUUGCAAUACUGAUAAACAGGUUUUGCAGAGGAAAAGUCGUGUGCUUUUGAUGGUUCCCUGUAAGAGCUUCGUGAAUCCUGUUGGUGCAUGGUAUACCUAGUCUGGUGGAGGGAGGAAAAUGCUCAGGAAUUGGAAGAAACCCCAUAUCGACCUGAAUUUCAUUUACCAUUUUCGGGGCAUCUAAGGCUGCGGAAGGUUAGUUGAUGGGUUUGCUGUAAGCGGCAGCUAUGGAGCAAGUUAUGGAGAAAAAAUAUCCUUUGUGUGCUAAAGAUUACAAGUUGUAUGAAGAGGUUGGGGAAGGGGUCAGUGCCACUGUACAUAGGGCCCUCUGUGUUCCUCUCAAUGAGAUUGUAGCAAUUAAGGUCCUUGAUUUGGAGAAGUGCAACAAUGACCUGGAUGGCAUUCGACGGGAGGUACAGACAAUGAGUUUGAUUGAUCAUCCAAAUGUGCUACGUUCGCAUUGCUCGUUUACUGCUGGCCAUAGCCUUUGGGUUGUGAUGCCGUACAUGGCUGGAGGUUCGUGCCUUCAUAUAAUGAAAUCUUCUUAUCCAGAAGGUUUUGAAGAGCCUGUUAUUGCCACAUUAUUGCGGGAGACUCUCAGAGCUCUUGUCUAUCUUCAUUCCCAUGGGUUCAUACAUCGAGAUGUUAAGGCUGGCAACAUUUUAAUUGAUUCUAAUGGUUCGGUUAAGCUAGCCGACUUUGGAGUUUCAGCAUGCAUGUUUGAUACUGGAGAUAGGCAGCGCUCGAGAAAUACUUUUGUAGGAACUCCAUGCUGGAUGGCUCCUGAAGUUAUGCAGCAGUUGCAUGGCUAUGAUUUUAAAGCAGACAUUUGGUCAUUUGGAAUUACAGCUCUUGAACUUGCUCAUGGCCAUGCACCUUUCUCCAAGUACCCACCGAUGAAAGUUUUGCUGAUGACCUUACAGAAUGCUCCUCCAGGUCUGGACUAUGAAAGAGACAAAAGAUUUUCAAAGUCCUUUAAAGAGUUGGUCGCUGCUUGCUUAGUGAAGGAUCCAAAGAAACGCCCCACCUCGGAAAAGCUCUUGAAACACCAUUUUUUCAAACAUGCACGUUCAGUUGACUAUCUUGCCCGUUCCAUUCUUGACGGACUUUCACCAUUAGGAGAACGUUUCAGGAUACUGAAGGCCAAAGAGGCUGAUCUUCUGGUGAACAAGCCACUAUAUGAGGAUAAAGAACAUUUAUCUCAGCAAGAGUACAUAAGAGGGAUCAGUGCCUGGAAUUUCAACCUUGAGGAUUUGAAAAACCAGGCUGCUCUUAUACAGGAUGAUGAUGGUAGCAUCGAAGAGAAAGGUAUUAUUGGAAAACAAACAGACAGGCAGGAAAACGAGUUUCUAGAUGACAAGCCAUCUACAAAUGCAGCUGACCACAUGACACCUACAAUUAAUGAGGAUGGAAUUGAUGAUCUUCCUGAUUUGGAAAGUUCACUGGAUGUGUUUCCCAUGAAGCCUCUGCAAGCUCUAAAGGGUUGUUUUGAUGUUGGUGAGGAUGAUGAGGAUGCCACCACACCUACUCUUAAAUGUAAUGGUGAAGCAGAGUAUGAGCAGCAGGAGCAUGUGUUUACGAGGCCAACUACAACAGAAAAAGACUUUGAAAGCAAUGGAGUUCAGAAAUAUGGACGGACUAGCUCCUUACCACGCCAUGUCAGCAAUGAGAACAAAAAGUUUUUGAGUGGGCCAAUUUUAGCAGAUAAUAGCCCUGCCGAGGCGAGGUCUACAAGUGAGGAAAACAGGGAUGUCCAAAAGCCAAGGUACCAAUCUGACCGAAACUAUAGUGGCACUUUACUAUACCGGCAGAAGAGAGAUACCAACAAUAUGUCAUCUGUAGAGGAUGCAGCAGAUGGAGCCAUUGUCCAGCGUAAGGGACGGUUUAAGGUUACUUCUGCUGAUCUCAGUCCUAAGGGUCCCACAAAUUGUUAUUUCAAUCCAGCUGGUUCUCAAGGUUCAACUAGUCCACCAUCAUCCAACCUAACAGCUGCCUCAGUUCUCCCUACACUGCAGUGCAUCUUGCAGCAGAAUGCCAUGCAAAGGGACGAAAUCAUGAAACUGAUCAAGUGUGUGGAGCACUCCUCCGCAGCCAAGCAUGGUGAGUCCGUUGAGGCUGCCUCAAAUGACCUUUCGCAGUUAUCUCCAAGGGAGAGGGAGCUACAGGCCCAGGUGUUUGGCCUGCAACAGAGGAUCGCAAGCCUCUUCGACGAAUUGCAGAAGCAAAAGAUGAUGAACAAUCAGCUGGAACGACAAUUGAGUUGUUCAACUAACAAGGAAAGACGAUAACGACUGUUGAUGGUGGUGGUGGUGAUGUUUAUAGCUCUUUGGCAUCGUCAGUGCCUUUCCUCCUCCAGUAGCGAGAUCGGCUGAGUUCGCUUGGGAGGUAUCAUCGGAAGAGGGCGGAAAGGUACAAAAAGAAAGAGUGAAUGGAAUGAUAUUGUAUGUCUACAUUGUCUAGUGUAUCAUAUACAUAUAUAUGAAUUAUGUAAGAUUGGAAAUGGAACAGAAAAGAUGGUAGUGAUGAGAUGGACACCCAAAGAAAAUUUUGAGAUGCCAUAUUUGUAACUUAAAUUGUGUCCCAACUCUCAAGAUAAUGCAAGUAAAGGUUCACUCUGCUU